AUGAGAGUCACUCUUUUCCAUGGCCUGCUGGCAGCCACUAUACCUUCGUUUUCCGCGGCUCUUACACCGCUUGUUGCGCACCACGUGCGGAGUGUUGAUGUUGCGGAGAGGAGACAUCUUGAUAUGACUGAGUUUCCGUAUGUUAAGGGCAGGGCGACGGAAAUUGGAAAUUUUGAUCUAGCCGAGACUUUUGAAAAGGAUAAAGUUUUGGUCAAACUGGCAACUGGAGCAGCACAAGGAGCAGCCAGUGAGCAGUUAUCUUUGACCGCGACCUGUGUCUCUUGCUUCACCACUGGCACUGCAGUUGUCACCACCGAUGGAUUAGAGAAGAACGAUGAUAUUCUUGGAAAUAUCGUCGAUUUUAUCAAAAACCCGGAUCCUACAGAUCUGAUUGUUGAAGCUCUAGACUUGGCGAUAGAAGUCAAGUUAGACAAUCUGGGUGGUCAUUUUGAAUUCAAUAUUGCCUUCGCUGCAGAAGGCACUUUUACGAUUCCGCUCUUCACACCGGUAACGCCGUUGGGACUUCAGUCUCUUGAUGGCGACAACAAGAUAGGGUUGAUUUUCACCAUCGAGCUGAUACUCACGGUAGAUGGUGCUGUUGAUUUCACGUCCGGUUUCGAUCUUUCCUUCCCAGAUGGCGCAAGUUUCAUUCUUAACGCCGUCACUGGCGAGCUGAUAUCCAUGAAUAUUGCAGGAGCUGAAGUCACCGCCAUUCCAAUCACUUUCAGAAAAGGAAAUGCUUGUGUGACAGCCAUUCUUCGCAUCAAAUUCGAAGCCGCUCUCGCCCUCGACGUUUUCGGUCAAGGCUUCGACUUCGGAGCCGGUGUAUUCUUCGAUCCUCUCCAAUACCAAGCUUGUAUCACGCUCGACCCAGCAGCAACCUGCCCCUUGGAAUUCACACAAAACAUAUUCGCAGAAAUCGGAGCAUUUUCAAAUGCAAACGUAGACAUCGGUGCUGUUAAUGUCGAUUUUGGAGCCCCAAGUGUCGUGACAACUUUCUUCACGGGCGAAUUGCCAGGGACAUGUCUGUCGACUGCGCUUUCGGCUGAUGCCACUGCUACGAAUGUCGUCGCGAAUGCUACAUCGACGGCUGAUGCGAAGGUAUAUUACACUGCUCACCUCGAGGCUCCUAAGACAUCUGCGAGCGGCGCUGGAGGGAUGUAUCCCACAGGUGCGGUAGGAUAUAAUGCGACGAACCCAACAGCUGCACCGAAACACAAGACCGUAUCAAUGGGGAAAGCGACCACCAUUGCAAUGCUCCCUCCAAAAAACACUACAUCCAUGGCCCAUCCAGCAAAAGCCACAAGUACCCUCAAAGCCAUGCUCCACGAGAAGAAAGACCACAUCAUCUCACCCUCCCCAACGCCCACCCUUUCGCACCUCACUAACACCACGACCGACGAGCUAAUAACCCGGACAAUAUGGCGCACCGAAACUAUCACAAUCACCUCCUGCGCAUCAGCCUACACAAUCUGCCCCUCUCACCUCGCCACACCCGUCUUUGAAGUAAUAACACAAUCCUACGUUACAAUUUGUCCCGCAGCUCAAUCGUCCUUUCCACUCACUCAGCCUGUUGCUUCAACUAUGGUUCAAGAACUCAUUGAAGCACACCCACUCACGGAAGCUCUUAUUUCAGCACACAUGACUGUUGAUUCGCCUAUGCCGACGGCGAUACUCAAUGAGCACUCCACGUCCGUGAUUAGUUAUGUGGUUCCGACGGAGAUUAUGACGGCGGAAGUGAUAGAGAGUAAGAGUAGUAGUGUGAUUGAGAGUACCCUUGCUGUAAUGAGCACGAUGGAUGUGACGAGCAUUUCUGUGGCGACUGGGACGCCGAUUUUGCCUGUCAGGAAUUCGACGGGGGUGAGUCCGGUGAUUGCGAAUGACGGGGGUAGGAGGAGUGUUGGGAUGGUUGGUCUGUUGGUUGUUGGUGCUGUUGUGGGGUUGGUUUUGUAA